AUGACUUCACAUGAAAAUAUUGGUAGCUCCAAUCCAUCUGGCAGCAAUCGAUUUCCUUUGAUAGUAGAUGAAGAUAAUGCAAUCCCAUCAUCACCUCUGUUGAAUAUGCCAAACGAUGUCCAAGCAAUCCAGCCUAGCAAUGAAAUAAUUCAAGAAGAGGGGAAGUACAAAUCAAUUGUUUGGAAUCAAUUUAAAAGAAAGAGAGUUGAUGAGAAAGACAAGGCUGAGUGCAAUUAUUGUAAGAAAUUGCUAGUAAAGGGAUCCAAUUAUGGCACUAAACAUUUGCAUGACCACGUGAAAAUAUGUCCAAGGAGAAAGUUUCAAGACAUUAGGGAUAUGAAUCAAAAAUUUUUGGCAAGGGAUCAAAAUAAAGUGGAUUCAAUGGCGGGUGUGAAUGCUUAUAAUUUUGAUCAAAAGGUAUCAAGAAAUGAACUUGCUCGUAUGAUCAUCUUGCAUGAGUAUCCCCUCUCUAUAGUUGACCACAUCGGUUUUAGAAAAUAUUCAACUUCUCUUCAACCAUUGUUUAGGAUGGUUUCUAGGAACACAAUCAAGAAGGACAUUUUGAGCAUCUAUGAGAAAGAAAGGGAGAAAUCAAAGCAUGAAAUUGAUAAGAAUCAGGGUAGAAUUUCUAUUACCACUUAUAUGUGGACUUCACAAAACAAAAAGCGAGGGUUUAUAGUUGUAACAGCACACUUCAUUGAUGGUUUGUGGAGAUUACAAAGCCGAGUUAUGAGGUUUAUUUAUGUGCCAUCUCCACAUACGAAAGAAGUGUUUUCUAGUGUCCUUCUAGAUACUUUGUCGGAGUGGAAUAUUGAUAGGAAGUUAUCUACUGUGACUAUGGACAAUUGCAGUACCAAUGACGCAGUUAUAAAAAUUAUCUUAGAUAAGCUUCAACGUGGUGCACUUAUUAUGUGUGGAUCAAUGUUGCAUAUGCGUUGUGCUGCACAUGUUCUUAAUUUGAUUGUUCAGGAUGUUUUGGAUGUAAUUGGAUCAUGCAUUGAAAAGGUUCGAGAAAGUGUGGGAUUUUGGACUACAUCAACAAAGAGAAGGCAGAAGUUUGAAGAGACAGCUCAACAAGCACAUGUUGAAUGUACCAAAGAACUAGCCCUUGAUUGUGAGUCAUCUUAUAAGUGCAUUCCAAUGGAGGAAGAAUGGGAGAUGGCAAGUAAUAUAUGUGAGAGAUUGGCAGUGUUUCACAAGGUUACAGAGCUAUUUUCAGGUACCUCAUACCCUACAACCAAUCUUUUCUUUCCUAAGGUGUGUGGAAUAAAAAUAGCUUUGAAUUCUUGGUUUACAAGCGCAAAUGAUGUGAUUAGGAGUAUGGCAUUUAAGAUGUUGGAAAAAUUUGAUUGUUAUUGGAAUGUAAUUCAUGGUGUUAUGGCUGUGGCAAUCAUUUUAGACCCAAGAUAUAAGAUUGAAUUGUUAGAAUAUUAUUUUCCAAUAAUUUAUGGUAAUGAAGCUGAUAAUGAAAUUCAAAGGAUUAGAGAUAUUUGUUAUGAAAUGAUUCGUGACUACAGUUCUAGGAGAAUGGGUAAGGAAGGUACUCGUGGCCCUUGUGUAGGAGAGGAUCUGCAAGUUGAUGACUCCCUUAUGGAUUUUGAAAGAUAUCUUAGUCAGAAAAAAAGGGGUGGGAAUAUUAAAUUGGAGUUGGACCAUUACCUUGAGGAUGAUUUAAUGCCAAGAAUUAUGGAUUUUGAUAUUUUGGCAUGGUGGAAAUCUAAUGAGCCAAAGUAUCCUACUUUGCAACGUAUUGCAAGGGAUAUCCUUACCAUUCCAGUGUCAACUGUUGCCUCAGAGUCAUCAUUUAGCACAAGUGGUCGAUUGUUAAGUCCACAUUGCAGGAAACUUCAUCAAAAGACUGUGGAGGCAUUAAUGUGUGCUCAAAAUUGGUUAUGGGCUGAAAUUAAUGGUUCUUCAUCUACCAUAGAUGGAAUUGAAGAUAAAUUCCAAAAUAUCCUGGAUGAUUAUGAUGAUGAAGAAGAAAGUGGUGUCACAAUGAUGGAAGAAAGUGGAGAUUCUUUUUGA